GCCGCCAUCUUGGAGUUGGGAGAGGCCGCGUCCCGUUGCUGUCCCUCUCGGAGGGUCACUGGCGGGGGGGAGGGGGGAGGAUGGUGGCCCGACGGUGAGCGAACGGCACCCGGGAGCCCCUCCUCGCGCCGCUGGGCGGCGGCGGCCGCGGGGCCGGCGGGAUGGUGCAGUCAUGUUCCGCCUACCGCUGCCGGAACCGAUACGACAAAGAGAAGCCCAUCUCCUUCCACAAGUUUCCUUUGACCAGGCCCGAUCUGUGCAAGAAAUGGGAGGCGGCGGUGAAAAGGAAAAACUUCAAGCCCACCAAGUACAGCAGCAUCUGCUCGGAGCACUUCACGCCCGACUGCUUCAAGCGGGAGUGCAACAACAAGCUGCUGAAGGAAAACGCCGUGCCCACUAUAUUCUGUUACACUGAGCCCAGUGAAAAGCCUGAAGAAUUCUCAGAGCAGCCAGAAGAUCCGCUUCCACCACCACCACCACCACCACCUCCUCCGCCACCGCCGCCACCACCGCCACCUGCAGCUCCCAUGCUACCACCAUCUCCAUCAGCUCCUUCUUUUCAUUUAUCUCAGAUAGAUGCCAGAUUUGUAGAUCCAAGUAUCGGAUUAUUGAUGCCUCCUCUCCAGACCCCUAGCAAUCUUGCCGUUUUUUGUGAUCACAAUUAUACCGUAGAGGAUACAGUUCAUCAGCGAAAAAGAAUUCAGCAGCUAGAGGAACAAGUUGAAAAACUGAGAAAGAAGCUCAAGACAGCGCAGCAGCGAUGCCGACGUCAGGAAAGACAAAUUGAAAAACUGAGAGAGAUUGUUCAGUUUCAGAAAGAAAAAGACAUCCUGGCAGGAAAAGGCUAUGUGAUUCUGCCCAAUGACUAUUUUGAAGUUGUAGAAGUACCUGCAUAAAAGUCACGAGCAUCCAUUUCCACUUUGCUAGGCUAAGAAGUUUAGUUUAAAAACUAAAUGCUCUCUAAUUCUGUGUGUGAGACUCUUCCAGAAUCCUAAACCAGCAAAUAAGCUGUCAUACAAAGGAGAUGGCAUUUUUUCUUUGUUUUCAUUUAAGUUUGAUAUGUUUUUUUAAUGUACUGAAAAUGUAAACAUCUCAGAAUUAGGAUGUGCAUUUAUUUUUUGAAAUAGGAAUUGCUUUACAGAAGGAAAGGAUGCAUGGUUAAAUACACUUAAAAUCUGUACUUUUUUUUCUCUUUUUUUUUUUAACAAUGGCUGUCUUAUGCUUACACAGGAUAGAAACUGAAUCUGGCUGAGAGUGAAGCUGAGGUUGUUCUACACUUACUACAAAACUUUCUCAAGGCAUUUAAUGUUUGCUUAGGUGGUCCCCACAAAAUAUGAUGUUCUUAGACCAGCUAACUGAGUACCUGCAAGUGCUGCCUUGUAUAAGGAAUAUAACAUACAUAUAUUUAUAUAUAUUAUAUGUAUAUAUUAUAUUUUUAUAUAUAUAUAAUAUAUAUAUAUUAGAAGUGUGUGUGUAUAUAUACAUAUAUAUAUAUAUGUAUCAGACUGGGAAAGCUUCUAACCACCAAUUGUUAUGCCUUCAAAGCACUGCAAAAAGUCUAAAAGUCUAAUUCCUGGAUCCCUUUGGUAUAUAAAUGAGCCUUUUCUUUUGGAGUAUCAUGUGGAGACUGAGAAGGGGAGAUUUCAUUAGUAUAGCUGACUAGAGCUGUAGGAGUUUCUGCUUUAAGGACGCUUAGAGACCCUGCUGAAAUAAAGUGCUGCUCUGAACAUGCAUGUUGUCAGAUUACUGGCAGGAUCAGGAAGGUGGUGUACUGUUCAGGGUGACUGCUCUCUAAACUGUCCUAAUAAUAUGCAGUCCCCAGUAUACUGGAAUAUGCCACUCUCUCUCUACCCAUUACAGUAGAUGGGUAGAAUUGAUUAAUGCACUUUGAUUAAUGCACAUUUCAGCCAGCAUGGGCUCAUGAAAGGCAGGUCCUGCUUGACCAACCUAAUCUCUGUGACCAGAUGACCUGUCUGGUAUACAAGGGAAAGGCUGUUGUAGUUUACCUAGACAUCAACGAAGCCUUUGACACUGUCUCCCGCAGUGUUCUCCUGGGGAAGCUGGCAGCCUGUGGCUUGGACAGGUACACUCUUUAGCUGGGUAAAGAACUGGCUGGAUGGCCGAGCUCUGAAAAUGGUGGUGAGUGGAGUUAGAUCCAACUGGUGACUGGUCAAGAGUGGUGUUCCCCAGGGGUUGGUACUGGGGCCUGUCCUGUUCCGUAUCUUAAUUGAUGACCUGGAUGAGGGGAUUGAGAGCACCCUCCGUAAGUUUGCAGAUUACUCCAAGCAUGGAGGAAGUGUCUAACUGCCUGGGGGUAGGAGGGCCCUUCAGAAUGAACUGGGUAGGCAGGAUAGCAGGAUUGAGGCCAGUGAGAUGAAGUUCCACAAGUCCAAGUGCUGGGUCCUGCACUUUGGUCACAACAGCCCCAGGCAAUGCUACAGGCCUGGGGCAGAUUGGCUGCAAGACUGUGUGCAGGAAAAGGACCGGGGGGUGUUGGUCAACACUUGGCUGAAUAUGGGCCAAUGGUGUGCUCUGGUGGCCAAGAAGGCCAAUGGCUUCCUGUCUUUUAUGAGAAAUAGCGCAGCCAGCAGGAGCAGGGAGGUGGUUGUUUCCCUGUAUUCAGCUCUGGUGAGGCCACACUGUAUUCAGUUUUAUACCCCUUGCUACAAGAAAAACACUGAGGCUCUGGAGCAUGUUCAGAGAAGGGCAGCGAAGCUGUGAGGAGUCUGGAGCACAAGUCUUACGUGGAGUGGCUGAGGGAGCUGGGAUUGUUCAGUCUGGAGAAGAGAAGGCUCGAAGAAGACCUUAUCAAUCUCUACAACUUCCUGAAAGGAGGCUGUGGCGAGGUGGGGCUCGGCCUCUUCUCCCAGGUAACACCAAUAGGAUAAGCCUAGAAUGGCUUCAAGCUCUGCCAGGAGAGGUUCAGGUUGGAUAUUAGGAAAAGCUUAUUUUCAGAAAGAGUGGUGCUGCAGUGGCACAGGCUGCCCAUGGAGGUGGUGGAGUCACUGUCCCUGGAGGUGUUCAAGAACCAUGUGGAUGUGGCACUGAAGGACAUAGCUUAGAGGGCAACAUUGAUGGUAGGUGGAUGGUUGCACUAGAUGAUCUUAGACAUGUUUUCCAACCUUGGAGAUUCUACAAUUCUAUUAUCUCAGAAUGUGCGUAGCUUCAGGAAUGAAGAAAACUUUUUUUCCCUCUGGAGUGCUGGACAUUUGCUACUUUCAUUACAGCAUACUACAAUUAUGUUUCUACCCACCCCUCCCUUUUUUUAAUUCCCCCAAAGUCCACCAUUGGGCAGCAGUGGAAUUGGACUUUGGGUGUUGCUUGGUGCUAGACUGGUUUUUAAUAUCUCAAAUACCGCCGUCUCUCCUUCAGCCUUAUUAAGAGUCUUUCUAAAAAUUAAUUUAGCAUGACGAGGUAGUGCUGCAGCUUGCACUUAUUGUCAAAUAAUUUAUUGAGUCAAUGCACUCAUUCAAAAUUAGAGAAUGACAUCAUACUGACUCUAUUGUAGCUUUCACAGCUGAAAUUCAGAGAGAUAAACAGACAUGAGGAGAAUGAGUUUUCUCUAUCUGUGUCAAACUUGUGUGUGGUGUGAAAUCUAGCUCUGAUGUUAAUUAAGCCCUUCUCAUGACGGCUUUAAAAAUUUCCCUUAAUAUCCAUUAGCAUGACAAUUUGAAAUGAUUAGAGCCAGUCUCAAUACUUCUGACCUCACUCAUGCUGUCUGUAUACUUUCCCUGCUAUUUCACAUACUUAAGAUGAACAAAUUGCUAAUGCAUCCUUUUGUGUACAUUUAUUAAUUAAAAAUAAAAAGCAAAUGGUGUGUUAGAUUUUUAA